GUCAUUAGAAACGGUCCGUGUUUCCGACUGAAUGAACGUGAGUUUCAUGGCUUGUUCUUCGUCUUAAAGCUUCAUUUAAAGGUGGGAACAGCUCCUAAUCAGCAUGGCUCACAUCACCAUCAACCAGUACCUGCAGCAGAUCAACCAGGCCAUCGAGAACCAUGAGGGCUCCUUCUGCGCCGAGCUGCUCUCCUUCAAACACCCGCAUGUAGCCAACCCUCGCCUGCAGCUGGCCAGUCCGGAGGAGAAGUGCCAGCAGAUUCUGGAGCCGCCGUACGAUGAGAUGGUGGCAGCUCAUCUCAGGUGUACAUACGCUGUGGCCAAUCACGACUUUGUUGAGGCGUACAAGUUCCAGACGCUCGUCRUUCAGUCCUUCCUGAGAGCCUUCCAGUCCCACAAGGAGGAGAACUGGUGAGUAUAUGUCCUUCUGGGUCCGACAUGUAGAAAGGUGUCCUGGUUUCAGUGGAUGUUUGUGUUUGGCUGCAGGUAUCUGCUGCUGAAGACCCACCAGCUGCCCCUGGACGCCUUCCUGGUGGCCCUGCGGAUGAUGCAGGUGGAGGACGUGGACAUCGAUGAGGUGCAGUGCCUCCUGGCCAACCUCAUCUACAUGGGUCACAUYAAAGGUUACAUCUCCCAUCAGCACCAGAAGCUCGUUGUCAGUAAACAGAAUCCCUUCCCUUCCCUGUCUUCUGUUUCCUAGACUACAUUACCCACAAUCCCUCUGAGGAGACUCUGAUCUUUUAUACAUUUGUGUAAAAAGCUUGUUCAAUAAAACUUUUUUUUUCCAGA